CGCAAUCCAAGCUCUGGACGGCAGGACUCUAGAGGGUAACUGCAAUCACAAAGGUCUCAAAAUCAUACUAGCUGCCAACGUGUUCGGUGUUUUUGUUUUAUUUAUUUAACUUUGGCGUAGUCAUGUUGGCACGCCGAUGUUCCCAAGGCUACUUUCUGCUUUAUGCAUUUUAAUGUUUCCGAAUACAGACAAAGGAUUUCACGGUCACCGUGCUUUUGCAAGAUGAGCACAUGUGCUGGCAGAGGAAGACUGCAACCUAAAGCCCCACAAGGCCUGGCCUGUCUCUUGGAUGAAUCUUCUCUUUAUAACCGUCUGAAAUGCCUUGACCUAACCGCCACCAUAAAAUGGCAGGAUUAGUCUCCUUUGUGGGUUUGCUGACAAUGGUCAAGACCUACAUGGAUGCCCGUGGCCCUGGCGCAGUGGUUCUGGGGAUGAUACUGUUGAUAAACAUGAUAGUAGCGGACUCACCUGUUGCAGAUGAGUCUCUGUCAGCCUCUGCACACCAUACUAAUGGAUUUCUUGAAGAUUUAAGUCGAACAAGGCCAUCGUUAUCACCCUCGCCACCCUUUUUCACUACUGUCUUGGAGGAGGAAAAAAACAUGCCUGGCACUCAACAACUCAUUCCUCAACCCCGCCAUGAAUCCUUCGCUCUAGGUGACUUUGGUGCAAGAGACUCACAGCCUCUUUCUACUCAUCCAUCUCAACAUGUUCUGGGAUUCUUUCCGCGAUUAGAAGAAUCCAAACUUUCAAUAGCCUGGAAAGUGGCUCAGAUUAAUUCUGCCAAACAAACAGUUCUCUUGAAAACACCUUCAAUAUCUCAAAUGCAAUUGCAGUUAAAUUUGUCAAGGCCUCCUGCUUUUGAAAGGUCUACAGUGCCACCACUUAGUUUUACAAAAGAAGAAGCUCAAGUUGUUCGAGGCAGUGAGUCAGAAAAAACACUUACAACAGUGACCUUACUAGCCGGUGAUCCACUGGAUUUCAGUGAUCUUCCAUCAGACAAAGCUGACAUUUUAGGUCAUGUCCCUACAAAGGCUCCAAGUACAAUAAAGCAUGGGAACGCUCUUCACACAAGCGGUUCCUCAAUGCCAGAGAAUAAACAAGUGAACAUUCGCGCCAAUCGACAUGAGAUUUUAUCGCCAAGCUACCAUGUGCCUUUCAUCAGCCCUUAUCUCAUUUCCUCAUCAUCUGAACCGACUGAUGCGCCACCAGAGGACCUCUACCCCACAAAAAGCAUGGACUUCGACUGGGGAAGUGGAGAUUAUUUGGAGACGAUAGCAUUCAGUCCAGAGGAAGAGGACUAUUCUCUGGCCACCAAGGUUCCCGACACUUACGAUCAAGAGGAGAAUAGAGAACAUUACGAUACAGCCUUUCCCUCCAGGGUGGGAACGUCCCUUUCGUCCUUGCGUCAUCUUCAUACCGUGCCGUCUUCAAGCCCGAUGAACAUCUACUCAACACAUUUACUUUUAACAUCAAUUGAACCCUCAUAUACUUCCCCAGUUCACUCCACAAGAUAUUACAUGCAAGAGCUUACUCCCACAAUUAACAGUGAGACAUUAGAAGCAUCGGACAACAUAGACUGGUUGGAUACUUACAGUAUUCAACCAACCGAUGCCUUAUUACCUGACAUGAACAGUUUGGAGUAUUACACCACACAGCUGACUAAAGAGAAAUCUGGUUCAGGGAGUGAAGCUGAACAAAGAGGGUAUGUCACUGUGCUCCCGAUCAGUUCUUCAGACAACCCCAUCACCAGCAUCCCCCGAGAUGUAAAACUGACUGAGGAUGACUCCGAAAGGGAUUUUUCAGGCUCUGAACCUCACGGUGAAACAACUAUCAUAAGAACAACAGAGAUAUUAAAUAGUUCCAAGCCUUUUCUAUACCAUUCCAUUGUCACAACACCCUUUCUUGAUGCCCCGUCCUCCUUAUGGGCCACUCACAUGUCAACUGCAGAUGGGUUUGCAGGUACUCAUACUGUUGGCCUGCACAGCUCUGUAGUUACACUACCUAGUCCUACAGAUUUUUUGCCAGAUGCUGGAAUGUCUUCCUUCACUCUGACUGAUGUCCAGUGGUUUGUCACAGAGGUCUUCCAACAAAGUACUACACUGCACCCUACUUCACUUUUCACUGCAACGACGGCUUUCUCUGAUGGUCCUACUGGAAAUCCUUCAUCUGAACAAAUGUUCAAUAUCAGUUCAGUCUCAUCCAAUGGCUCUCUGACCUCCACUUUUAUGUUGGGUGAUCAAGGAGUGACAAAAGAUGAAUUUGACAACCCAGCCACAAUGACUUUGCUUCCAACCAACAGUGAAGCUAAUACCAUCUCACCCAUAGCCACAUCUCCAAGUGCCAGCACAAGUUCUCAUCAAACCGUCAACGUUAUCCCUGUCACGGAUGGUGAAUGGCAGACUACAACUCUGACAUCCAGACGGUACCUCUGCAACCUUGCGAAGCCUGAGUAUUUAAUUAAAAUAGGUUUCCCAUCUGGGACCAAAGAUGAAGAUGCCAAAUCUCGGAUUGGACAGAUCCUUAAGCAGGAAUUCAACAAAUCGUUUGAGUUACAGGUUAUCGAGCCACCACCAAAGUUUGUAUUUCGGGUCGUAUCCGAUCCAGUUGUGUACACAGCCAUAUCUGUCAUCAACGCCUUGCGAAGUUCAGGACGCCACUUCCUAUUUAUGUUGCCCGACUGGAUGACACAAGUUAAUAAAUAUCAAGUACAUACAGUGUUGCAGUUUGUUCCAGGUCACAUUGAUGUACGGUUUUGCAACUUCAGUGAGCGCAUUGAGCAAGGUUUGACAAGGGCCUUUGCAGAAGUGCGCCAGCGCUCCAAGGCAUCAACCAAUUUCACAGUGCAUAUGAUCAACAUUACCAUGGCAGUUCCAAAAAAAAGGCAACAACUGGGGAGGUAUCCAGUGGAUAUCACCUUCAUUGUGCACAGCCCCCAGGGUUAUCUCAUGGGAUCAGAGGUUAGCAUUGCUCUCAUGAAGCUCACUAAGGUGGAAUUCAGCUAUUACAUGGGCUUCCCUGCCCUGCAGAUUGCCGAGCCAUUUCAUUAUCCAAAGUUAAACACAAGCCAGUCCCUUCGCUCCUCCUGGGUGAGAACAGUUCUCUUGGGAGUGCUGGACAGUGAAGUGGGCCAGAGGACCUUUCAAGCGAACAUUGAGCGGAGGGUGGCCAUGCUACUUGGGGAAGCCAUGGGAUUAGUCAGACGUGUCAAGAGAGCCACUAAUGUUGGCAACAGUAGCGUUCAGGUUGUGAGCAUGAACCGACCUGUAGGUGUGGACCAUCCCUUGGAAGUUGUGUAUUUUGUGGAGCGUCCUGAUGGCCAGAGGGUCCCUGCUGUUGAAACGUCCAACAUUCUCAACAGCCUUGAUGUCCAAAAGGCCGCCAUCAUCUUGGGCUAUCGUGUUGAGGGCGUUUUAGCACAACCUGUAGAGAAGGUGCCAUUGUCACCUUCUGACACUGAGAACCCCAAAAUCUGGAUCAUCAUCGGAGUGGUGAUUCCUCUACUGGUGGCCAUUGUCAUUAUUGCCAUCCUCUACUGGAAAUUGUGCCGGUCAGACAAGUUGGAGUUCCAGCCAGAUGCCAUGACGUCCAUCCAGCAGAGACAGAAGUCUGCUACCUCACAGAGCCCCGUUCACUGGGCACUACCUCAACAUGAGAUGGGUAAAGAGCUUAGCAAAGAAGGAGAGUGGUGUUAUGAGGAGGAAGAGGAGGAAUAUGAAGAGGAAGAGAAUGAGGAGGAAAUCGAUGUUAAAGACAGAAAGGGAACAAUCACUCUAAAGAGCGAAGACCGUACAAACUGUGAGAAGGAGGAGGAAGAAAGCAAUGAAGAAGGGGAUCACGAGGAAGAGGAGGAAGAAAAAGAAAUUAAGCAGCCUGAAACAAAGCCAUUCAAAGCAGAAGAAAAGCAUGGACAAAAAAACAAAGCAACACAAAAGAGAACAGAGGGGAUGAAGAAAGAAGAGCGAAUGACAGUGUUCCCAAAGGGAAGGCGGGUCAAGAAGGAGUUACAGGCCCCCAGUGUGAAAGGCUUUGACUUUGCUAAGCUGCAUCUCGGCCAGCAGAAUAGAGAUGAUGUCAUGGUGGUCCAAGAAUCCAUCCCAGCGGGGCCUCUGCCCAUCUCAGAUAAGGAAGGCCCCAGUUCUUCCCAGAACGGGGAUGUCCCCACCCCCAAAUCUAAAAACUCUGCCUCCUCCACCAGAGCAUCCCGCAGCUUUCGAAGACGAGAAAGGAUCUCUCCGUCAGACGGCGAUUCCAUGGUGAGUGACCGCUCCAGUGGGCGCGAGUCAACUGAGAUGAACCAGAUAGCCCAGGCCACACCUAGUGACAGCAAACAGACGAGCAAAAAUAUAAUUGGGCCGCCUCCUUCAAAUGGUCUCAAUGAACAGAUGUCAUCCGCUUCCAUAUUUGAACAUGUUGAUCGGAUGUCACGGGCCACAGAUGUAAGCCGAAGACUCCCCAACAAAGUGCAGCUAAUUGCUAUGCAGCCCAUGACGGUCCCACCCCUGAACAGCCACCCUGGUACUGGCAAAUUGCCCGAUACCAACAAGGAGAUCCAAGUAGCAAUGAGGCAGAAAUCAGAGAUUGAGCAUCAUCGAAACAAGAUCCGCCUGCGUGCCAAGAGGAAGGGCCACUAUGACUUUCCUGCAAUGAAUGACAUCGACCUUGUGGACCCCAAAGACCAGGAUCACAUUUACCAUAAAGCACAGCUGCAAAUGGAUAAGAUUUUAGAUCAAAAUGUGCAGGUUCCCUCAGUCUUCAAGGAACCCCCCAAAAAGUUGGUUGCUCGAGGGAGGCGCUCUCCCAAACAGAGGAUUAAGGGGCAGUCAAAUGGAGGCAUGACAGAUGCAGACAAAGAUCAUCUCAUCACCGAAGACACUGACGCUGUUUGUAGGAAAUGUCCUGGGGUCAACAAUGUGGCUUAUGUGUCGGAUCCUGACCAAGCCCCAGGGUUGACCCACAGAUGCCCGUCACCCACCACAGAUGAGGUCUUCCUAGGUCCCGCUUCCUCACCUCCUGGACAUUCCCCUCCCCCGCCCACCUACAUGCCUCCACAGCCUUCCAUCGAAGAGGCGCGGCAACAAAUGCAUUCGCUGCUGGAUGACGCCUUUGCCCUUGUGUCACCCACUUCCCAGGGCAGUUCCGCUGGGGUGACUCUGCCAGGGGUCAAUGCCAAUACGUCUGACUCCAGUCCUGCGGGCCGUGGCCUCCGACCUUGGGGCCCAUCCUUUCCAGGUUUUGGCCCCUACACUGGUAGAUUCGGCGACCUGAGUGUGUCUCCCCCUCUGGUUCAAGGCUUAAUGCCAAGGCAGGAUCGUGGUCUGACUUACCUUUCCCCAGAAGAGGCACCAGGGCCCGGGGGGCAACUCCAGCUCAACAAUUUUUACUCCAGUAGGGGACUCUACGCAGAUGAGCUGCCUACAUCGGCUCGGCCGCGGCCAGUCGGGGGCACUGCAGGCGCCCAGCUUCAUCAACUUACACAGGUUGGCUUAUCCAGCCGUAUGAAUGGUUAUCCCGCCGGGGUCAGGGGCUAUCCAGGACAGAAUGGAGGCAUCGGCUGGAACAACUACCACGAGGACAUUUAUUGCAGAGCCCUACCAGAUAACAGUGCAAUUCCCAGAAGUGUCAUCAGGGAGCCGUCAGCUCCUCCCACCCACUUGGAAGCCGGGGCGGGUUACCCGUCAGAUCCACUCUCACUUGAUGCGAGCCCUCCCACCCAGUCAUCCGCCUCCUUGAUCAAGGCCAUCCGUGAGGAACUUUUGCGCCUGUCGCAGAAACAGAGUUACCAUAGCUGAGGGAGCUCUGACCCCACCUGCUAAUGUGACAAUGCUUCCUGUGGAAGCCCACCAAGAAGCAAAGCAGAGAGAUUGUCCUGCUACACGUCAUUAUUGAGGUAGCUAAUUCAUGUUUCUGGAUGGUCUUUUGGAGAUUUGAAAUUAGCCAGGGGGUGUUUUGAGAAUGAAAUCACCUCCAGUAUGUCACUAUGGGACAGUGUUAUUUACGUGACGAACAGUAUGAGAUUCGGCAUUCACACCCACAUUAGAUUUAGAUAUUCAGUGUGGUGAUUUUCAUGCACACAUUGUUUUAAAGAACUGGUAAACCUCCAUCUCAUCUGAGCCAUGCUUUGCCUUCACACUUUGUAGACGUUGAUCUGGCUCCAUAGUGAAGUCGCAGUUCACAGCCAGUGAAUCAGUCCAGUCUCAAAGGAGUCUAUAAUACUUUACACACCAUCAACCCAUGAUGCUACCUAUUUCAUGUACCUGAGACAGAAUUAGUCAGAGCUGUUACUCCUGGACCUUUUUGGACUAUUUGCAUUCAAGUCCUUCAAGUUUUGUAUGUUUUAGUAAUUGUGAUUAGAGAUGUGAAGCUUUGAAAUGCCUUGAAAUCAUCCAUUUUCAAAUGUAGAUCAAACGGAAGAAAAUAUAUUUACUUGGCAACGCGUCAUACAUGUGCUCAGUGCUUGGCUUGUGUUUUGCUGCACUGAAUGACGACUAGACUACUUGAUAUAAUGCUCAGGUCUGGUGGAUUUAU